AUAAAUAAUUAGAGAUAACCUAUCCAAUUUCGUGAUUUCUCCAUAUCUUGAACCAAAAAAAGGCAUGAAAACGUUAAAAAAGAAGCUAUAUCAUUUCCUCAUUCGCAACCACCAACGAUGCUUAGAAACAAACGUAUAUCACUUAUUAAGCGUCCGCCGCUUAUUCGUUCCUCUUCCCCUACUUUAUCUGAUAGAGAGGUAGAGAAUCGCCACCCAAACAAUAAAAACAAUAAAUGCAAGAAAUCAGUACGUUUCUGCGACAAUGCAUCAUUGGAAAAUGUACGCCUCUUUUACAAGACAGAAAUGCCCAUAGCAUGUCGUGCCGACCCUAAAUGUGAAAUGAAAAAUUAUAUCUACCGCUUGAAAAGACCCAAUUGGCCAAAGGAUUCUCUUAUUCGACGUCGUACUGCUGUUGUUCGUAUGGAGGAUGUGCAGAUUCAGAAGACCGGUUCUAGCGAUGAUAAAAACGGUAUCACCUUAUUAGGUUCGGUUCAAGUGGCCAACCUAGCUUUUGAGAAGCAAGUAACUGUACGCUAUACAACGGAUGAUUGGGCCACUUACCAGGAUGUUCCCGCUCAGUAUCAAGAGCCAAUUGCACAAAGCGCUAAUACAUGGGAUCGAUUUGGCUUCAAAAUUGUAUUCAAUAAGAAGCAACCACAUCACCAAAAAUUAUUACUGGCUGUUAAAUACGUCGUUAACGGCCGUGAAUUUUGGGAUAACAACAAUAAGCAGAACUAUGAAGUUGAUCUCAUAUGCGAUGUUGUGCUUCAAUCAAGCAACAUUAGUAAUACCAAGAAACAGCAGCAGCAGCUUCUUGACGCAUGCCCCGCUUCCUCAGAUGAAGCAGUCGACAUGUGGACGAGCAUGAUAAAGAUCAAGACAAGUUUGAAUUACUUCAUGAGAAGUUACCUUCUCUUUCAAUGAUGAAUCCUUCUUCUUCUGCUAUCAAACCAUCGUCAUCGGCGCCAGUACCAACAGCAAUUACAGUAUUACCAACAUCAGCCAACAGAUCUUGGUCUCCGCCUCUUUCUCCCACAACACCAGUUGAUAUUAAUCCCUUGUGGGUAACAGAUGCUGCUGCUGGAACUACGGCCGCUCCUGCUCCUGUUUCUCCUACUACUCCACACCAGUAUCUAACUCUUCAAUGCUUUACAACUACUACUUCUAUCUCUAAGAAAGAAAUGAACCCAUAUAUCUAUUUUACUGUACAUAAUUCAAAGUUCUCGUAUACGAAAGCAUACCCUUUU